AUUAUGGAUAGGUCAGCGCAUCAACGCAAGUUGGAACAUGUUACUCAUACAAUGGAACCCAAUGCCAAUGCCAAACGGAAGAAGAAAUUAUCCUCGCCAACUUCCUGUUCGAAGCCCCAAACGCGAAAAUUCAAAGCAGUUCCCCGUCAAACAUACGUGGAUCUGAGACUAUAAUGAGGAUUAAGACAUGAAAUAAUGCAUCCAAAAUGAGAGUACAGUUAAUUGAAUUAGUACACUUUCAAAUAUAAAAGCAAUCAUCAUUCAGAACGUUAGUUCGAGUUGUUCCCUAGUGUGAUGUUCCAGUCCUCCCGAAGUAGUUCGCCUGUACAAGCGAUUUUCUUCGACCAGCCUAAGCUACAUAGUGGAUCCUGAAAAAAAAAAAAGUUCGGAGAUAUAGAUAAACCAUGAUUACGUUUGCGGGACCGCAUAUUUCAGUUGUGCCUCAGGCCGUAAUAUCCAAUAUAACUGUUGUGGAUAGAGUACCACCGGAAAUGCUCCACUUGGUCGACUCUCAUUGGCACCAGUUUCCACCGAUGAACCCACUGUGGCACUCAAUUCUUGGAAUGGCGAUGUUCAUUCUAUUUUGUAUUUCAUUUAUCGGAAACGGAUGUGUAAUGUAUAUAUUUUCAAACACCAAAUCAUUGAGGACGCCAUCGAACUUACUGAUAGUCAAUCUGGCCUUUUCGGACUUCCUGAUGAUAUUCACAAUGACUCCACCAAUGAUGAUCAACUGCUACUAUGAAACCUGGGUAUUCGGCCCACUAGCCUGUGAGAUAUACGGCAUGUGUGGAUCACUGUUUGGCUGUGUGUCCAUCUGGACCAUGACUAUGAUUGCAUUCGAUCGAUACAACGUUAUCGUCAAUGGUCUUUCGGCAAAACCGCUGACUAAUACUGGUGCUGUGCUGCAAAUUUUUGGUGUGUGGAUCGCUUCACUUGCCUGGACCAUAGCUCCACUGUUUGGCUGGAAUCGAUACGUACCGGAGGGUAACAUGAGCGUAUGCGGAACUGACUAUCUCACCAAAAGCCUGCUCAGCAGGUCGUACAUUUUUGCCUACGCGAUAUUUGUUUACUUUUUACCUUUGUUCUUAAUCAUAUACUCGUACAUUUUUAUAAUCAAGGCUGUGUCUGCCCAUGAGAAAAACAUGCGAGAGCAAGCAAAGAAAAUGAACGUUGCAUCACUGCGAUCGCAGGACAACCAAAAUACCAGCAUGGAAAUGAAACUGGCAAAGGUUGCCCUGGUUACCAUCUCCCUGUGGUUCUUGGCCUGGACACCCUACCUGGUGAUCAACUUUACCGGAAUAUUCGAGAGCGCUCCCAUUACUCCGUUGGCGACUAUAUGGGGAUCCAUUUUCGCCAAGGCCAACGCAGUCUACAAUCCAAUCGUCUAUGGUAUCAGUCAUCCGAAGUAUCGCGCAGCUUUGUACAAGAAAUUCCCAUCCCUGUCCUGCAGCGAGACGGCGAUCGAUGAUGCGCAAUCAAAAGUCACUACCGCUUCAUCUGUACAUGCGGAGGAAAAAUUAUCAGCAUAAUUUAAUAUCUGUGGUUCUGCAAUUGUGAUUUUGAUCGACUUUGACAACGACUAAAUAUAUGUAGAGAGCAAGCAAAUACCAGUCUUUAGCUGUGGAAAAAAAUCAAAUGAUGAUCAUCAUGUCAAUUCAUUGAAGUAGUAAAAGUAUUCAAUCAAUAGGUUUGGUUCUAACAA